AUGGAAAUUAAUAUUCCCAAAGGUAAGGAUAGAAGUGAAGAAUUAAAAAAUUUCAAGGAGGAAAUGGUCAAGGCUAUCAAAGAAUCCGAAGUUACUCUUAGAAUGAGAGAAGAAAAUAAGAAAAAAAGCGAAAAUGAUUCUGAGUUAAAUCAAGCUAGAACGGUAGCUUUACAAGAAAUAGAAAAGUCGAUGAAUGAAAGAGGUUUAAAGGAAGUUUUAGGCUUUAUUAUUUCGAAAUUGGUCAGAAAAGAGUCUAAAACAAAAAGAGAAGAUAAUUAUCGUUUACCGAAUAAUCCUUAUCAACCAAGAGGGCAACCUAAGCCAGAAAGAGUUUUUAAUAGGCAAGAUGAACCACGAGGUAGAAUUGAGGAAGGCAGAAUGGAUAAUUUUUUAGGCGGAAUUCAAGAUAAAACUAGAAAUAAAGAGUUGGAAGAACAUGUUCAGGCACUAACACUAAAAGAUACCGCACCCCAAACUUCUCGAAUUAAACAAAUGAUCUUUGGUAAAGAAAAGCAACUAAAUCAAUCAAAGGCGGUUUUAAAUUUAACAGAGACUCAAGAAUACCAAGAGAAGUAUCAACAAUAUUGCCAAAACUGGCAAGAAAGAACCGAAAUUCAGGCUCAAAUUUCUAUUAGACAGCAAUAUAAAUAUGAUGGGGAAAGUUAUUGGGCGAAAUGUUCUUUUUGUCCUAAUGAAAUCAGAGGCAAAAAAAAAGAUAAGGAACCUUUAUCAAGAAAUAAAGGUGUUGAAAGGGUUAGAGAUUGA